AUGACCGACCCGGAGCUCAACGAGAUUCUGGCGCUAGGUCCAGCUGUCGAGCCCAUCGAAGCACCGCAUAUCAAUCCAGAAGAUGCCAUCAGUCCCAUCAUGUAUCCAGAAGCAUACAAGGAGGCGAUGGCCUACCUGCGCGCCUUGAUGAGUGCAAAGGAGUACUCUGAACGUGCGCUCGCCAUGACACAGUACAUCAUUUCCAUGAACCCUGCACACUAUACCGUCUGGACAUAUCGUGCUGAUACGCUGCGUGAGCUUGGAAGCGAUUUGAAGGCAGAACUACAAUUCAUUAGCGAUAUGGCAGAGGUGUCCUCCAAGAACUAUCAACUAUGGCAUCAUCGCGAAGUGGUUGUUGGGAUGCUUGGUCAAUUGCCAGAGAAUGAGAAGGACUUUCUAGCGCGCAUUCUACAAGAUGAUGCCAAGAACUAUCAUGUUUGGACGUACCGACAAUGGCUCGUCAAGCAGUUUGGUACAGAGGGUGAAUUGGACUUCACCAAGACACUCAUCACUCGAGACAUUUACAAUAAUUCCGCUUGGAAUCACCGAUACUUUAUCCAUGAGCGUAACGGCCUCACUGGCGACGCAGUGGACACAGAACUCGCAUACGUGCAAUCAGUCAUUGACCAGGAACCUGAAAACAAGAGUCCAUGGGCGUACAUGCGCGGCAUACUCAAAAUGACAGCACGCAGCGAGAGCAGCAUCAAGGAUUUUGUCGCUUACCACGACUCCCUGCCUGCACUUGAAUUCAUGGCUAGCAUUCAUGGAUCAUCACCUGAAGCGACAGCACUCUUGGCAAAAUUGGAGCAACGCGAUCCCAUUAGAAGACAUUACUGGCGCUAUAGGCAAUCUCAGCUUCAAGCAACUACGCAAACUCCUGUUCCGUAUCCAACAUGA